AUGGCAGAAGAUGCGGCGUCAGGCCGUGCGCAGCCUCUUGGUGCAGCAGCACCGCUGGGGUCAGAGGAUGGAAAUGUCCAGGUCAAGCUGGUGCCUGCGUUGCUCGAAGAUGCCGACGCCGAAGACAUUGUUGUCCUCGUUGCCGACAUGCUCGCCCGUCUGAUCGCUCACAACGACCUCAUACCGCUGCACCCCUCUUCGCUGACCCGAUUUCACUCUCGCGCCACACCGGCCAUCAGCAUUUCGUCCUAUCUUCGGCGCAUCGCCAGAUAUACGAGCUUGGACAAGGCCUGCGCACUCAUCCUCCUCGUCUACAUCGACCGGGUGUGUGCGAGGAUGGACGGCUUCACAAUCUGCGGCCUCACGGUGCAUCGAUUUGUCUGUGCAGCAGUUGUGUGCGCCAGCAAGGCUUUGUGCGAUGCUUUCAGCACCAACGGCCACUACGCGCGGGUAGGGGGUAUCUCGCUCGUCGAGCUCAACAUGCUCGAAAAGGAGUUCCUCACAAUCAUUGACUGGCGCCUCACAUGCAGCGGAGCGCUGCUCCAGCAUUACUAUACCAGCUUGGUGCGGUCCCAUGCCGGCUUCCGUCUGCAGGGCGACGCCAAGGGCGACCUUUCUACCACUGCUCCCACAACCAUGGACGUGGAUAGCUGA